AAAAAAAUAACCCGGCUAUACAUGUAUCAGCGACGCUUGCAUUUUCGGUGCCAGGAAUCUCCGUACAACGACCACCUCUAACUCAAUUUAGCGAACCAACAUUCCACGUCCCACUGGCCACGUGUUCAGGUACGUCACGAGUGGCACAUGAUUAUGCAUAGUUAAAGAUCUCAUUAAAGACGACGAGCUUCUCUGGCUGAUACCAUGCGCUUCCAGACGUCAUUUCUCGUCCUAGUCUCGCUAUUCAUCGCCCCGUUGGGGGCGCUAUCCCCGCCCGAUGGGUCCAACGUGCCGUUCACGCUUCGAUACGUCCCGGGCUUCUUCAAGCAAGGCACUCCGUCCGUGGAUGUUCCACCGUCAAACCCGGAACAUCUCGGACUUCUCGACAACGUCACGUGGACGGAUGUAGACGCCUACAUUACUGCACGGACCGCUCAAGGCGUAGAAGUCAAGUUGUUCCUCUUCUUACGUCAUGGAGAGGGUAUCCAUAACGUUGCGGAGGCCACAUACGGCACUGAAGCCUGGGACAGAUAUUACAGUAAACUGGCCAAGUAUACAGACGCCAAAUUGACGAAACUGGGGAUGCAACAGGUUGACAAAGCGUCGGAAAGGAUCGACGAGGAACUUAAGAGAGGACUGAGACUGGAGGAGGUCGUGGUAUCCCCGUUGGAGCGCACACUGCGCACGGCAAUGAUCGCCUACCAGAAUCACCCCGAGAUCCCGAAACGAUCGAUGGAGUGGCCUCGUGAGACCAUUGGCGUCUGUACGUGCGACUUACGCGGCACUAUCUCGUCCAAGGCGGAACAGUAUCCAAGCAUCGACUUCAGCGACAUCUGGAGUGAUGCAGACCCGUGGUGGACGCCUGAUCAUCGCGAGACCGAGCUGCACAUCAACGACCGCGCGCGCAUCUUCCUGAACCGCGUCUUCUACGGCCACAGGGCGACGCAUAUCGGCGUGGUGACGCACAGUGGACUGGCCACAGCCGCAAUGCGUGUCAUCGGUCAUCGUAAAUACAGCGUCGCGACUGCUGAAGUGAUCCCAUUCUUGCUCGAAGACACGAUGGUGCACUCGAUCCCCUCCAUCUUCUCUGGUAAUUACGGCAUGUAGACAUCGGUAACAGAGUCACUUGUUGGUAAAGGAAACUUAUAAUACUUUGUUAAGAUGGAACGAAGGUAUGUCGAACUGAGAUAAUUAACCUAUCUCGAAUCUACGCAUUAGUUGGUCACGCGACAUGACUCACGCCGAAAUUGUCGACGGUUAAUAGGCUGUCUCUGACGGAGCUAGCUUGUAGAACACCACUGACCGAAGCUGAUGAGGAACUACACAGCAGCGCUUACAUGUUCUCGUACGCGUCGCCGUUGGGCGUAGAUUAUGCUGCUGGAUCGAGCUUGAUCGACGCUUGAACG